AUGGCAGCGCUGUGUGUGGAAGAGAACAUUUACAAUCUUCUCCCCAUGGAAGAAGGCACGCCCUUCCGGCCACCCAGAAGGUACAUCUCCACAUUCAAGCCCUCUGUGGAAAGGGAAGCGUGGGGGCAGAAUAAAGCCCCGUGCAAGACGAUGGGUGUGCCGAAGCUCCAAGUCCCCACUCCGAAGGACUUCCUGCAGAAAUAUUCCAAGACACUGAAGCUGCCAAAGAGGCGAAAAUCUCGAGGCAGUAAGAAACUCCCGGCGCUGAAUGUGCCCCGGAGGACAGAGCGGCCCAUCAUGGGCAUUCGGAGCAAGAAGAAUUUCAUCACAGCAAAUGCCGCCGAAGCCAUCAUGCAGGUGGCCAAGAAGCCCCUCCGCGCCUGCGUCGACGUGCGGAAGGGGGACAAAUUCCUCAUUGACGAUUCAGGACUUGUUAAAAAAUAUCUCAUAAAAAAGGAUUUUGGUGCUGUACCCAGAUACCUCAAGAGACAAAAUGAGGCAGCAAGAAGGGCCAAGGAAGAGUCUGACAACCAAAUCAAGGAGACCCUCAGUCAAAAAGGUCCCAAACGGAUUUCCAAAGCAGAAAGGGAGGAUCUUCUGGAGGGCCUCAAGAAUAACUGGGAAGAGCUUAACCAUGCGUUUCAAAACAUGUCCGUGGCCGUGGACACGAUCCCAAGGAAGCUUUACCGGGAGAAGCUGGAGACGCAGAUGAAGCAGCUGGAGCACGACAUCGGCGCCCUUGAGAAGCACCAACUGAUCUAUGUAGCAAGCAACUAG